AUGGUGAAUGAUCCGGAAUCUGAUGAGUUACAGACAUGGAGUGACAAAGCAGUAAAAACCCACUCACCGGAAGAAGGCGGCGUAGCAGGGCGAGAACCCAAGGCGGCUUGGCGGGGCCAGGGCGCGCUGUUACGUGACGGAACCGCCGUAGCACCGCCCCUUUCGCUCCUCAGAAACCGGGGAAGACGCCAAAGUGGCAGACACCGCCCCCCACCCCCCGGGGACGCGACCACCGUGCUGGUCCUGCAGGACUUGGCCAACCACCUGCGCAUCCAUUCCAAGGGCCACCCCACGUCGUGGUGCAGCGCGGCCGAGGUCGUGUCGGUGCUCUUCUUCCACGCGAUGAGCUACAGACAGCCGGAGCCGCCGGACAGCGACAGGUUCGUCCUCUCCAUAGGCCAUGCGGCUCCACUGCUCUGUGCCGCCUGGGCGGAGGCGGGCGGCACCAGUGAACCUAACCUGCUGAACUUGAGGACAAUUCACUGUGCCCCGGAGGGACAUCCCACCCCCAGACUGUCGUCUGUCGAUGUGGCGACAGUGGCUGGGUUGGGCGCCGCGUGUGGAAUGGCUUAUGCUGGCGAGUACUGGACCAGAGCCAGCUACCGGGUGUUCUGCCUCCUGGGCGACGGCAAGGCCUCGGAGGGCUCUGCUUCCCACUACAGUUUGGAUAACCUCGUGGCAGUCUUCCACGUGAACCGCUUGGGACAGAGUGGCGUGGCGCCCCCAAAGCACCGCGCAGAUAUCUGUCGGCGUCGCCGCGAAGCCUGUGGGUGGAACACUCGGGUAGGGGUGGAUGGCCAGGACGUGGAGGCCUUGUGCCACGCGUUUUGCCAAGCGACUCGAGUGAAGAGCAAGCCCGCUGCCGUAGUUGCAAAGACCUUCAGGGGCCGGCGUAUUUCAGACGUUGAGGAUGCGGAGAACUGGCAUGGAAAGCCGGUGCCGAAAGAAAGAGCAAAUGAAGUCAUCAGACUAACAGAUCAGAUACGGACCAACAGGAAUCUCAUACCCAAACCCCCUGUUGAAGGCUCACCUCCAGUCAGCGUCACAGAUAUAAAAAUUACCUGCCUGCCUGAUUAUAAAGCAGGCGACAAGACAGCUACUCAGAAAGCAUAUAGUUUGGCUCUAGCUGAACUGGGCCAUGCAAAUGAAAGAGCCAUUGUCCUGUAUGGCGACCCAAAGAAGUCCAUCUUUUCUGAGAUAUUCAAGAAAGAUCACUCUGAGCGUCUUAUUGUUUUACUCGGAACAGAACUGGCCUGUGCCACACGUGGUCGAAACGUUGCUUUUGUUAGGACUUCAGCUGCCUUUUUGACCAGAGCAUUUGAUCAGAUCCGGAAGGGAGCCAUAUCUCAAACCAGUGUCAGUCUUAGUGGUUCCCACUGCGGGGUGUACGUUGGUGAAGAUGGCCCCUCCCAGAUGGCCCUGGAAGAUCUAGACAUGUUCCGAAGCAUCCCCAAUUGCACUGUGUUCUAUCCAAGCGAUGCCGUCUCGACAGAGCGUGCUGUUUAUCUGGCUGCCAACCCAAAGGGGUUGUGCUUCGUUCGGACCAACUGGUCAGAAACUGCAGUUAUCUAUACCCCACAAGAAAAUUUUGAGAUGGGACGGGCCACGGUCAUCCGCCACAUUGUUAAUGACAAAGUCACAGUUAUUGGAGCUGGAGUUACUCUGCCUGAAGCCUUAGCAGCUGCCGAUGCUCUUUCUCAACAGGGUAUUUCUAUCUGUGUCAUUGACCUGUUUACCAUUAACCCCCUGGAUGCUGCCACCAUCAUAUCCAGUGCAAAAGCUACAGGCGGCCGGGUUAUCAUGGUGGAGGAUCACUACUGAGAAGGUGGUAUUGGAGAAGCCAUAUGUGCAGCCAUCUCUGGGGAGCCUGGCAUCCACGUUCAUCAGCUGGCAGUGUCAGGAGUGCCUAAAAAAAGCGGGAAACCUAGCGAAUUGCUGGAUAUGUUUGGAAUCAGUGCUAGACACAUCAUAGCAGCUGUGAAAUCCACUUUAAUGAACUAAAAUAGCUGAUUUCUUAAAAAGUCAGUCUGUUCACAUUGGUUUUAAAACA